CUGUCACUGGCAGUGGGCUUGGGUGGAUCUGGAAAAUGAAGCAGUGACACUAAUUGUAUUUCUUGUAUUCCCAUUUUGGUUUCCAUCAUGUUUUAACUGUCCACUGUCUUAAAGCAUCUCUGAUUUUUGGCUGAUGAGGAACUUGCCUUUUUAACACUGUCCUUUCCCUGCACGGCUGGUCCUAUGGAAUCAAGUCUAUACCUGGGUCUUCUCAGCUGGGAGGCAGUGAUGGCAUUAGUCACAAAGCUCAGAAGCAUACUACAAAGGGCAUUAUCCAAAUGCCUCUUGAACACUGACAGGUAUAGGGCAUCUCUCUAGGAAGUCUGUUCCUGCUUUUGUGCACCCUCAGGGAGCUGUGGAAUAAAAUAAACAGCUUCCUAAAUUGCUUGUACCUCUAACACAAAUGCACAUGUCUAUGUUGUUGAUUUCUGCAGAUGCAGAGUCAUUAGACACUUUGAACUGCAGGUUCUCCUGCUCUGCCUCCCCACCACGUUUGUCCCAGGCUAUUUUGUCCCAAGUCUUGUAUUCACAGGUUUGCUUUCUCCAAGCUGUCAAUAUUAAAAUUACAUUAAUUCAGGGUUGUUCUACAACAGUCUUGACAUUUAGCCUACUUAUCACAUUUGGUUAGCCUUGAAGCGAUCAGGCAGUUGAACUUGAUCUCCAUAGGUCCCUCUGCUCCGUUCUACUCUGCUUCACUCUACUUCACUCCACUCCAUUCUGAUCCAUGCUAUCCCAUCCCAUCCCAUCCCCCAGAAGACCUUCUAAUGCAAGCCACUACAGGUACUUGUUUCUCUCCACUGACCACAGACAAUGAGGCUGUCUUGCCCAGAUGGAGAUAUCUGUAACUGACACAGCAAGUCUAGCCCUGGAUGUCUGUACAGAAUUCAAAGCAAAUUCUUAGGUGGCAGCACAUGGGUUUUCUUGGUUUUCCCUCUUUUUUCCAAGAGGGCAAUGCAAACUCUCAGAGAUGUUUAUACAUUACCACCACAAGAUUUGGCCUCUUCAGAUGCUGUCUUUAAGGAGAGGCAGGCAGGAGAGCUUACCUAUUGCCUUUGAAAUGUGCUGCACAAGUUUUGAACAGCUGAAACAUCCCAACUGAACUUCUGACAAGAGUAGGGAAGCCGAGGGUCUAUGAGAUCCCUGUUCCCUUCUGUCACAUUUGGCUGAAGUCAGACAGUAAAUGCUUUGGAAGGAUGGACUGACAGACACUGAGGAGCAAGAUGCUGAGAAGGGCAGUUAUUGAAGAAAAAUACGGCAAAGAGCUCAUUAACUUGUCAAAGAAGAAGCCCUGUGGGCAGACAGAGCUGAAUACCCUGAAGAGAUCCUUGGAUACUUUCAAGCAACAGAUAGAUAAUGUGGGACAAGGUCACAUCCAGCUGGCACAAACCCUUCGGGAGGAAGCAAAGAAAAUGGAAGAAUUCAGGGAAAAGCAAAAGCUCCAUCGAAAAAAGAUAGAGCUCAUAAUGGAGGCGAUUCACAAAAACAGGAAUUUGCAGUACAAGAAGACCAUGGAGGCCAAGCGGCUCUAUGAGCAGCGCUGCAGGGAUAAGGAUGAAGCAGAACAGGCUGUGCACCGCAACGCAAACCUGGUCACACAGAAGCAGCAGGAAAAGCUCUUCCUGAAGCUGGCUCAGACAAAAUCAGCUCUGGAAGAUUCAGACAGGAGUUACCAGCAGAGUAUCACUUCACUUGAGAAGAUCCGGGAAGAAUGGCAGAAAGAGCACAUCAAGGCUUGUGAGUUCUUCGAGACUCAGGAGUGCGAGCGCAUCAGCUACUUCCGCAAUGCCCUCUGGCUUCACGUCAACCAGCUCUCCCAGAGCUGCGUCCAGAAUGAUGAGAAAUAUGAGGAAAUCCGCAAGAGUUUAGAAAUGUGCAGCAUUGAGAAGGAUAUUGAGUUUUUUGUAAAUUUACGCAGAACUGGAAGUUCAGCCCCAGCUCCCAUUGUUUAUGAAAACUACUACAAUACUCAGAGGAAUGUGACUCCUGUGAGAAGUCCAGCUUCUGUACCUAUAUCAAGGAGGGGGCCUCUACCCACCCCAGCCAGCGGGCCAGGUGAUCCUGAUUAUGCCACAGUUGAUGGCUACAGCUUGAUACACCACUAAUAGCCACCGUUCUUCUGGCAGAAGACACUGUUGAUCUGGCCAGCAUGGCAGAAUUGGUGUUUUCAGUUAUUCCCAGCAACACAGAGCUGCAGCGCUUCUCCAUUUCAAGAAAAUAUUUGAGGACUCUGAUAAUUAUUUGUGCAUUCAGAAAGUACCUAUUAAAAAUCUUUUCCUUUGAUCAGAAAACUUGGACAGAUAUCCCAUCUUCACACUCAGGAGAAGAAAAGGCAAAUAAGCAAUGGACUGGGACACAGGGUGUUCUUCUCUGUCUGAUGAAGUUUCUGAUUUGAAGUUCUUGCAAUAUGCCACCAUCUACGAGAGCCUGGAGGCUUUUGCUCUCCAGAAAAAUAACAUGUGCUAAAUGGAGAUGUGCAAGGCUUUGGGCAUGCUGGCUUGUGGUCAGAGCUAAGGUUGUGUUUUCACCUGUCUCUAGAAUCUUUCAGUAAUAGCGAUUAAACUUGUAACUUGGAUUAAGUUUCAGUUAUGUUUCUCAAGCAGCUUAUGCAGAGGUGCACCAUGACUUUUUUUAACUACUCUGUGGGUUGGCUUUUUGUUUUUCAGGUUCAUGGUAAAACUUCUCCUGGUAGGCUCUAAUCCUGUAGCACCAGGAGCUGUGUGUGAUCUUCAGGUUGAAUCCAUGACUUCACUGUGUGCCUAAGCCCACUGGUCUCUGGGGAUUUACGCUAUUUCUUCAUGUGGAAAGGAUCAUUAUGAGCUUUACAUUCUGUCCUGCUGCACUGUAAUGAAAUGUAUGAGUAAAGGAAUAGUUUGUCCUGUUUUUUUUUUUUUUUUUCCUAAAAGAUCAAAUAUACAAAUACUCUUCUGAAGA